AUGACUUCAUUCGAACCAGAACAAGUUGAUGUCGGGCUCAUGCAAACAGGACUUCUGACCAUGCCGGACUUGGUGGAAAGAAGGAUCCUCGACAACGUUGGAUUCCUUGCUCUCAUCCAACUUCGAAAAGUGUGUCGCUAUCUCCGUGACCGUAUUGAAAAAGUGAACCCGGAUUAUGGAGUGGAGUCAAUCUACUUGGCAUACUAUCGAUCCUCCAUUAGAACCUAUAUAGAUUCAACGGACGGUUCAAAAAUUAAAUUAAUAUUGGCAAAAUGUGGAGACGAUACACUAAUACAAUGGGAUAAACGAGAUGCUCGAAAGACAAUGUUGAUUAAGAAUGAGGAAAUCGGAGCAUCGUUCUGGAAGAUAUUGGAGCCUAUUUUUGUGAACCAGAAGACACCAUUGACUUCGUUCACUCUCGAAGAAAGUUACUUUAAUGUAUUCCAAGACACACAAUUUGAUGAGUACUUCAAUGACACCACCGGAGAUACAAUUUGCUCUAAGUGUGGUCAUCAACUUGAGAAAGACGGCCACGGAGUAUUCCAUCUUCGUAAAUUGAACAAAGAUACACGUCAUGCAAGAAUCGAAGAGCAUCUCGAACGCCUCAGAUGUAUGAUGGGAUCAAGAAAAAAACUCCUAGAAGUAGAUAACCUGAUACUGGACGGGAUCAAACAAGAGCAGCUCUAUAUAAUGUCUACAUACAUCAAUAUGAAAAAGGUGAAGACAAUCGAUAUUGAGGACUUUCGGUCUGAGGAACGAAAUAUCCGUUUCGAUUUGAAAGGACUGGAUUCUAUUGAGACACUGAGUUUAUUUGGACCUUACCUGGCGGCGCCUAUUCACCCCUUUAACUCCAUUCGAUCAAUUCACUGUGCUGUGGCCACCAUCGAUCCAAACUUAAUAAUGGAACUGAAAAAGGUAAUCUCAACAUCCCCGUCCCUCCAGGAUUAUGGGCUUUCAUAUGAUACAAUUAAUGAGGAAGAGGAGAUGUACAGGAGACUUGGACCCGACACAACUGGCGAAUGGUUUUACUCGUUGAAAGGCACCAAUAUGAUUCUAUGCAUCAGUAACAACGAUGAUUGUUUUAUCAGAUUCCAGAAGAUCGAAAAAUCAAAACUACCUGUAAAUGCAAUUAUUCAGUGA